AUGUUCCAAUUACAAGGCCCACAAAUGCAGCAGAUGCUAGAGAAAGCCUUGAGGAAGUUCCUCCCUGAGUCCUUAAAGGUGUAUGGGACCGUUUUCCACAUGAACCAAGGAAACCCGUUCAAGCUAAAGGCCCUGGUGGACAAGUGGCCUGAUUUUAACACAGUGGUUGUCCGCCCUCAGGAGCAGGUGAUGGUUGAUGACUUCGAUCACUACACCAAUACUUACCAAAUCUACUCCAAGGAUCCCAAGAACUGUCAGGAAUUGCUUAGCUCACUAGAAGUCAUUGACUGGAAACAGCAUUUGCAGAUCCAGAGUUCCCAGCCCAGCCUAAAUGAGGUGAUACAAAAUCUUGCAGCCGUGCAAUCCUUCCAAGUGAAACACACGCAGCGUUUUCUCUACAUGGCGAUAAACACCGUAAAGAAACUGACUCCUUCCCUGUUGGAUGUAAAGAAAUUACCACCAGCUGAUGGUAAACCCAAGGCCAUCAAUCAAGAAAUGUUUAGACUCUCAUCGCUGGAUGUUACCCACGCGGCCCUGGUGAAUAAAUUCUGGCAUUUUGGUGGCAAUGAGAGGAGCCAGAGAUUCAUUGAGCGGUGUAUCCAGACCUUCCCCACCUUCUGUCUGCUGGGGCCUGAAGGGACACCUGUGUGCUGGGACCUGAUGGACCAGACAGGAGAGAUGCGGAUGGCGGCCACCGUGCCUGAGUACCGGAACCAGGGCCUCAUCUCCUAUGUUAUCUAUAUCCACUCCCAGGCUCUGAACAAACUCGGCUUCCCGCUGUAUUCUCACACAGACAAGGAAAACAAAAUUAUGCAGAAAAUGUGUUACAAUCUGCAUCAUAUCUGCAUGCCCUGUACCUGGAACCAGUGGCACUGUGUGCCUCUGUGA